ACAGAUGAACCUGCAGCUACUAAUCAGCUCCACUUUGACAAGUGUAGUUGAACCUUUGUUCAAAGGCACCAAAGGAGAACAAUAUGUAAGACUCAAACAUUUCUAGCAAAGAUUGCUAUUGGCAGGACAACUAAAGCAACCCUGCAACAAGAAGUUCAUGUCCUCUCAACUGCAGCUCUUCCGCCGGCCUGCGGGGAGAAGAUGGGUCUCGUGUCCCGGACCUGCGCCUGGCUCCUGCCCUGCCUGCUGGGCUGGAGCGCCGUGGCUCUGGAGCUCCGGGAGCUGUUUGAGUUCGGAGAGGAGGCUGGAGACCGGCAGCUGCCGCAGACCCCCGACGCCUCCGUGGAGGUGCUUCUGAACCACAGCGUGAGGUUCUUCCAGGACGCCUUCCACAAAGUUUACAUUAACACCAAUGGGUUUUUGGCUUUUGAAAACCCUCCACCUGAACAGGAGUACCUUGGAAAAAUGCCAAGCCCUUUUAAAAUGAUUGCAGCUUUGCUGGGAGACCUGGACAGUGGAGGCGGCCUGGGCCGAGUCCACUUCCGGGAGGACGACAGCCCGGAGGUGCUGAGGAGAGCUGGGGAGCGCAUCAGGCUAGCUUUCCCUACACUGAAAAAAAAAUGUACAGGUGAAGAAGAGGAGCCCACGAAUGCCCUCAUCGUUACCUGGGAGAACAUGGUUGCCCAGGGGACUUUGGGACGAGGGGAUGGGCUGUUUGCUAAGAGAAAUACUUUCCAACUUGUUGUGGCUUCAACCGAGUCGGUCUCCUACGCCAUCCUGCUGUACCCUAGGGGCGGUCUGCAGUUUUUCUCCACAUCAGUUGGGGGAGAGCGUACGCUGCUAGAGGCUGGCUUCAACGAAGGCCUUGUAAAAGGCUGGAUCUGGUCCAGUCAGGGCUUGUAUGUCCGUACCACUACAGACGAUGAGACAUCCAUCAUGGAGCUCGCCACAAUGACAAACUCAGCUAAGAAUGGGAUUUGGGUCUACAAGAUCGGCGCCUUGUCUGGUUUCACUGUCAUCAUACCAGGACUGGCCUCUAGCUCCCCUGAGGAUAGACAAAUGAAUGAACUGCAGGAGCUGGACCUUUCAACCUUUGAGUCUGAGACCAUAAACACCACUGAAGAAGAGUUCCCAACUGCGACCACCACAGAGUACAAGCACCUAGAGGUCACGACUAUCAGCCCUGAAUCAACAAAACUCCAAACCCAAACACCAAAUUAUAAAGACCAUGUGGAACAAGAAGACCCAGAUUCAGACCCCGUUGCACCAACGUACAGCAGUCCUGAGGGUCAGCCCGAGGACCCUGAAAAGACUGCAACCGAAAACCCUACACAUCAGACUUUAACACAAAAACAAAUCAUUCCUGAACCCAUUAUACCAUCUCCAGACUCGGACCCAGUGCAACACCGAUACACAAACCUUGACUCUGUCCAACCAGAGUCACCACACUCACCGCACCAGUACCCCCAGGUUGUUGUGAUUGACGAAGAUGAAGAUCUUAACGUGGAUGUAUUUGGCUACAACUUGGACACGUGUAUCCACAACAGGCACAGGUGCUCUGCUUUUGCUGAAUGCAGAGAUUACAGGGACGGAUACUGCUGCCACUGUAGGCCGGGUUUCUAUGGCAACGGAAAAGACUGUGUUGCAGAAGGCAAACCCCAAAGGAUGAAUGGGAAGGUAAAUGGGCAGGUCUACGUUGGGAACUCACAGAAUCCAGUGGAGCUUAAUAACAACGAUUUGCACUCCUAUGUGGUUGCUAAUGACGGGCGAGCAUACAUCGCUAUCAGCCACAUCCCAGACAGUGUGGGCCCCUCCCUGCAGCCACUGUCCUCCGUGGGGGGAGUCAUUGGCUGGGCCUUCGCCCUUCAACAGCCUGGAUACAAGAAUGGCUUCAGUUUGAUUGGUGGAGUUUUUUCUCGCUUUGCUGAAGUGAUCUUUCAUCCUGGAAAUGAACGGCUCACCAUCAAGCAGGAGUUUGAAGGAAUAGACGAGCAUGACCACUUAGUGUUGAACACAAAACUGGAUGGUCAUGUGCCUGUCAUCCCACCUAAAAACUCUGUGGAAAUCAAACCAUACAAGGAGGUUUACCAAUACAGCAGAAACUUGAUCACCUCGUCUUCCACCCGCAACUACACCAUUAUCUCUCCGGACGGCAGUGUUCAGACCAGGAGCUACUACUGGCGUCAAACCAUCACUUUCAAGAGCUGUCCCCAUCAGGAGACCACAGGGGAGGUGCCGCCCAUCCAGCAGCUCAGCGUGGACCAGAUCUUUGUAAUGUUUGACUCUCAGAACCACCUGAUGCGCUUCGCCAUGACCAACAAGAUCGGCUCAAUCCACAGUGACCCUUCAGAGCAGAAUCCCUGUUUCACUGGUGGGCACGACUGUGACAUCAAUGCAGUGUGCAGAGCGGCUGAAGGCUCCCAGUUCAGCUGUGAAUGUACAGCUGGUUUCAGUGGAGACGGACACCUCUGUGAUGACAUAGACGAGUGCCAGUACACCUCCCGGCUGUGUGGACCCAACGCCGUCUGCUUUAAUCAGCCCGGAUCUUUCCGCUGCGAGUGCUCCCCCGGCUUUGUGUUCGCCGCUGACAGAAAGACCUGCAUAGAGGAGCAGCGGCCGGUGGAUCACUGCAGGAGGGAAAGCCAUGACUGCGACGUUCCAGAGAGAGCGAUGUGCAGCUACACCGGAGGCUCCGCCUACAUGUGCUCCUGUCUGUCAGGGUUUGAGGGGGACGGCCGCCGAUGUCAGGAUGUUGACGAGUGUCUGCAGGAGCCAUGCCACCGGGAUGCUCUCUGCUCAAACACACAGGGCUCCUACAGCUGCCAGUGCCGUCCAGGUUUCCAUGGAGACGGCUUUAGGUGCAGCCCUGCGUCCACAGAGCGCGAGAAAACUCCGUGUGAGCUGCAAAGACAAAACGCCCAAACUGCCGCCCCUUCGGGAUCCGGCUUCCUCUCUUUCUUCCGUCCUCGGCCGGUCGUCGCUCAGUACGUCCCUCAGUGCGACCAGCAUGGCGCCUACGAGCCCACGCAGUGCCACUCCAGCAUCGGACAGUGUUGGUGUGUGGACGCCAACGGACAGGAGAUCCCUGACACUCGCACUGGAGCCGUCAACACCGCCCUGUGCAUCAACCAGGCCGUGACUCCAGCCCCUGGGGGCCCCACCCCACGGCCCGACAUUCACCCCAUCUCUCCGGGAACUCACCUGGUGUUUGCCCAGAGUGGGAAGAUUGAACAUGUCCCGCUGGAUGGAUACAAGAUAAAGACAGAAGAGGCCAGACCUCUGCUUCACAUCCCCGACCGGGUGGUGAUCGCCGUUGCCUUCGACUGCGUGGAGAGAAUGGUUUACUGGACGGACAUCACCGGACCUGCAAUCAGCAAGGCCAGCCUGAGUGGAGGAGACAUUAUCCCAGUUGUCACGAAAGAGCUUCAGAGUCCUGAAGGCAUCGCCGUGGAUGAUGUGGCCCGUCUUCUUUUCUGGACCGACUCCAUGCGGGACACCAUCGAGGUGUCCAAACUGGACGGCAGCCAGCGCCUGGUCCUUUUUGAUACAGACCUGGUCAAUCCCCGACCCAUCGUCACCAACCCAGCGUAUGGGCGGAUCUACUGGGCAGACUGGGACAGAGACGGACCCAAAAUCGAGAUGUCAAACAUGGACGGGACCGAGCGGAGCGUCCUUGUCGAGGAAGACCUCGGGCUCCCCAACGGUUUGACUCUGGACGCGGACAACCAGCAGCUCUGCUGGGCAGACGCAGGAACUCAGAGGGUGGAGUGCAUGGAUCUGCACCGCCGGCUCAGGAGGCAAAUAGUUGAAGGGAUCCAAUAUCCAUUUGCUUUGGUGUCAUUUGGAAAGAAUCUCUAUUAUACAGACUGGAAGAGGGAGGCAGUGGUAGCUGUGGACCGCCACACACAGACUGAGACAGACGAGUUUCUACCACAGAAACGGUCCCGGCUGUACGGCAUCACCACGACUCCAACGCAGUGUUCACAGGUCUUUAACUACUGCUCCAACAACGGCGGCUGCUCUCACCUGUGUCUGCCGCGGCUCGGAGGGUUCACGUGCCGCUGCCCCGACGUCCACGCCAGCCGGUGCGUGGAGGCUUUCCCGUGAAUCUGCAGACAUGCAGCUGCAAGUAAAAAGACCAAACUCGUUCUGUUGUGUGUGUGUGUGUGUGUGUUAUACUUUUCUUACUUGAACGGAACUCCUCUGAAUUUUUGUGGAGCUCUUGUGUACUUUUUAGUCCUUGGAGACCGUUCCAGCUUUGGGUGCCAGUAUUUAUGAUGAUGAGUCCAAAGCCACUUCCUGUCUUUUACGGCUGAACUCAGAUUUUCAUCUUUUUGCAUCAGGGACUCCUGUGUCUAAGGUUUGUAAAAAUAUUUUACUAAGGGGUGAACAUGAAUAGAUCUGUCUGAGUCUGGAAAAUAUACUAAAAGUAUUCAUUUCUGCUUUAGAUGAAGAACGCAAAUAUUUUACAUUUGCUUGAACCAGCUACACCUCAUUUUUAUACUCUAUGCAGUUUGAUAUAAAAUAUUUUUAAAUUCUAAAUAUUUUCAAACUUUAUACAAUUAAAAAAUGGUCAUUAUUGCUCCUCUGAAUAACUCCUGAUUUUGAAAAAAUAAUGCUUGAAAACUAAUUAUAUGAAAUGAAAAUACAAAAAUGUAUUCAAUAUUUUUAUUAUUUUUUGCAGCAGUUGCAUGUAGUAUCAGUAAACCUUAAUUCAAUCUCCAUCUCUGCAGAAAUUGUUUUUUUUUUUGUUGACCAACUUGGUGCCACACUGUCACCUUGUGGCUGUAGAAGUGGAUUUUUCAUCAAACAUUUAGUUUAUUUUUUUCAAACAUUAAUACAAAACUGUGUGAUUAAAAAAAAAAACAAUAAAAAAGACAUUUAAUUUUUUAGCUCAAAGUGACAUAAAAUUGUUGUUUCUUUCUUUUUUAUCUAAAAGAAAAAACCGUGUGCCAAGAUGAAAUGAUUUAAGUGAGCUCUAUUCUGUUACCUAAAGCUCAUCUUUUUAUGUAAAAAAUGAUUCUAUAUUUGCAGUGUUUUAAUGUUAUUCUGUGUCUUUACUUUUUACUGAAAAUUAUAAUUGUGAAAGUGCUUUUAUGCUUGUUUGACAACUGAAUUUUGUAUUUUCAUAAAGAAAUCAUCAAACUGAGGCAUAGUUGUACUGUUGAAUAUACAUUGUUUAAAUGUGUUAAUUUUUUUUCAAAGAACGUUUAAUUUACAGUUAAACUCAUAACCCAACUCAUUACAAAAGCUUCCUUUAAUUACAUAAAAAGUACCAUAAUUAUGUUUUUUUUUGCGUUCUCUCUUUUCUGUUCUUGAGUGUCUAGAAAAGGUGCUUAAUUAAAGAAAAUGUGUAAAAUAUUAUUGAAUAAAAAUCAAAACUUA